GUUGUGGAUCAACAUUGAAAAAUUGGCAUUUAAUCGCUAUAGUUUAUAAAACAGUAAAGUUUUUUAAUUGACAGUUGUAUAAUACCAUUUGUAAGAAUAUUUUACGAAAAUUAAAAGGAAGUAGGAAGUACAUAAAGUUUAUAAUGAGGUUUGAGUAUGUUAAUUGUUGUAAGGUGAACCAUUUAUUGGUUUAAUUUGUAUCGUUAUUUUUAUGCCAAUUAAACCGGUAAUGAAUACGAAUUUCUUCGAUACCGUAAUGUUCAGAAAAAAAAAAACGAAAUCACCGUUCAUCUCGUUAACUGAUUAUUAGUCAUGAUUAAGGCAAUUUUAGUGUUUAAUAAUCAUGGAAAACCUCGACUUUCGAAGUUUUAUCAAUACUUUAAUGAGGAUAUGCAACAACAGAUAAUAAAAGAAACAUUUCAACUAGUUUCAAAAAGAGAUGAUAAUGUUUGUAAUUUUUUGGAAGGUGGAAGUUUAAUCGGUGGAUCAGAUUACAAGUUGAUUUAUCGACAUUAUGCAACACUAUACUUUGUAUUCUGUGUUGAUAGUUCAGAAUCAGAGUUGGGAAUCUUAGACUUAAUACAAGUCUUCGUUGAAACAUUGGAUAAAUGUUUUGAAAAUGUUUGCGAAUUGGAUCUUAUCUUUCAUGUAGAUAAAGUUCACUAUAUACUUAAUGAAUUAGUGAUGGGUGGAAUGGUUUUAGAGACUAAUAUGACCGAAAUACUUACAAGAAUUGAAGAUCAAAAUAAAUUGGAAAAGCAAGAGGCAGGAAUCACAGCAGCACCAGCGCGUGCUGUUUCUGCUGUCAAGAAUAUGAAUAUACCGCAACAGAUAAAGGAUAUGAAGUUACCUGACUUGCCACAAGCUAUAAAAGAUCUCAAAUUCUGACCAGCCGUUACUUCGUUGGCCCCAAGCUGACUGGUUUCCUCUACAAUUUCAAGUGCAAGUAAUACCACAACAAGGGUAUUUUUCCCCUCCUUCCAAGCAAAUGAAAAUGCACCAAUACUGUCUGCAAACUCUUCAUAUGAUCCUAUCUCGGCAGUACCAGAAUUAAAGAAUGAAGAUCGUUUUGGGUUUUAAUGCUCUUAAAGGUUAUUUAUACCGAAGAGUUUUAUUAUGAAAUUUAGAAGAGUAUUUAUGUUUGACUUUGGAAACAAGGAUUUGAAGUAACUGAAAUACUAUAUUCACUCAAAAAAAGAUAGAUUUAUAAACA